AUGGCCACCUCCCCCGACAGCCUCCUGGCCAUGACGCCACCAGGAUACACCUUUCCAGACUCUCGUUUGCGACGCGAACUCGACAAUCCCAAACGCGACCCUCUCAUUCUCGUUGCCUGCGGCUCAUUCAGCCCCGUGCACUAUGUGCACUUGCAAAUGUUCGCCAUGGCGGCCGACUACGCCCGCACCGAGACGAACUACGAGGUCAUCGGUGCCUAUCUCAGCCCUGUAUCCGAUGCGUACAAGAAGAAGGGCCUUGCGAGGGCACACGAUCGUGUCGAGAUGUGCCAGCUGGCCGUCAAGGCCGCCCGACAACCUCUCAUGGUCGAUUCCUGGGAGGCACAACAGGCCUCGUACGUACCCACGGCUAUCGUCCUCGACCACUUUAAUUACGAGAUCAAUGAGCUACGCGGUGGUUGCGGAGGGAAGAAGGUUCGCAUUGCCCUUCUCGCUGGGGCUGAUCUUGUCGAGACGAUGGGUCAGCCCAACAUUUGGUCGGCCCGCGAUCUGCAGCACAUUCUCGGCGACUUUGGCGCCUUUGUCGUCGAGCGCGCUAGCAGCAACUUCGAUCAGGCCCUUUCAAACCUCCAGGAGUACAAGGACAACAUCCAUUACAUCCCUGCCAUCAUUUCAAACCCCAUGUCUAGCACCAUGUUGCGCCUCUUGCUCAAGGGAAACAUGAGCAUUGAAUACCAUGUGCCCCGCGAGGUCAUGGACUACAUCGAAGCCAACGGCCUGUACAAGGACGAAUUCGUGUCGGCUGGCAAGGGAAAGGAAGUCACCGGCACAUCAUGAGAGGACUGGAGUGCGCAGGUCGAUUCCAAUCCACGAGUAGCCCACAAGAGGCUGGCUUUGUUCAUCCUUCAAUCCGAAUGCAACCCAGCGAGACGAGCACGAAGCGAAAACAGCAAAGAAAUUCCGGCGCAUUUUGGGUAGACGGACUUUUUGUUUUAAUCGUCAUUUUUCUUAUGUCAAGGCGGCGAGUUUUUGCAUUUCACAGCUACAAGAGACGGACCGGCAGGACGCCGCCGUCGUCACAGAGAAGGAGAGAAAAGAGAUACCUCAGGAUAAAUGACGGUAAAACGUCAUGUUGGAAUAUUAUUAUUUUGUCGGGGAA